AUGAAUUUUACUGCUGAUUCAACAGUUCCUUCAGAAUACUAUGAUGAAAAUUUCAUCCCCGGUACAACAAAUAUCCUUACUGGGACCCAACACGAUACCAACUCCAUCUCAUCAAACAAAUCACUUAAAAGAGACAAGAAUGGGCUAGUCUUGCUCCCGCAACCUUCAGAUUCAAUUAAUGAUCCCCUCAAUUGGUCCAAGCCUAGGAAAACAUGGCAUUUGUUAUUGUUGGCAUUCAUCACGGCAUUGACUGCUGCCACUUCCAACGAUGCCGGUGCGGCUCAAGACUCAUUGAAUGAAGUUUAUGGCAUUUCUUAUGACUCCAUGAAUACUGGAGCCGGUGUAUUGUUCAUUUUCAUUGGAUGGUCCUGUAUGUUUUUCGCACCAGCUUCAUCAUUAUAUGGAAGAAGAAUCACUUAUUUGAUUUGUCUUUUGUUUGGUACUUUGGGAUGUAUGUGGUUUGGUUUCAGUCGCAAGACUGCUGAUACCAUUUGGUCACAAAUGUUUGUUGGUAUUAGUGAAUCAUGUGCUGAAGCCCAAGUACAACAAAGUCUUAGUGAUAUUUUCUUUCAGAAUAACUUGGGUAGUGUCUUGACAUUGUACAUUUUGGCAACUUCAGUAGGGUCAUUUUUGGGACCUUUGAUUGCGGAAUUGAUUGCUGAAGACAUGACAUUUAGAUGGGUUGGCUGGUGGGGAGCCAUCAUCAGUGGAGCUACUUUGGUGGUGUUGUUUUUCGGUUGUGAAGAAACGGUUUAUGAUCGUCAAUUGAAGAUUUAUGAAGCUGCUAGAAUUGAAAAUGGGAGACAAGGUGGUGGUGGUGUUGAAUCGUCGUCACUUGUUGAUGAAAAGCGUCGAGAUGGCGAUGGAGAUAAAUAUGCAGAGGUUAAAACCAUCACCAAUGACAUGACGAAAAGUGAUGAUAAAAAAACAAAAUCGGAUGUCUUGGCUACUAUACAGUCACCCACCAUUGAUAACCGCAAAAACGAUCCCAAUUAUGACAUUGAAACCACUGAUGAGAAACCAACUCCAUAUUUGAAACGAAUUGCAUUGAUUACUCCAGCACCAUACUUGCAAGGUUUCGGAUUCAAACAAUACCUCAACCGUUUUGUCAUUUACUUCAAAGUAUUUACCCUUCCAGCAGUUUGGUUAUCUGGUUUACUUUGGGGAUUACAAGAUGCAUACAUGACUUUUUUUCUAACUACACAAGAUACUUUCUUUUAUGAUCCACCAUGGAACAAGAGCAAUACUGGAGUGGCAAUCAUGAAUGUUGCCACUUUGAUUGGUGCUGUUAUCGGAUGUAUCAUGUCGGGUAUAUUUUCCGAUAAACAUGUUGUAUGGAUUGCCAAACGAAACAAUGGAGUAAUGGAACCAGAAUACCGGUUGUACUUACUUUUUAUCACAUUGAUUAUCUCACCACUUGGACUCAUUAUGUUUGGAGUUGGUGCUGAUAAACAAUGGCCAUGGCAAUGCAUAUAUGUCGGGUUGGGUUUUAUUGGAUUUGGAUGGGGGUCAAUUGGUGACACUGCCAUGUCGUACUUGAUGGAUGCUUACCCAGAAAUUGUCAUUCAAGGAAUGGUGGGGGUUUCAAUCAUUAAUAACACCUUGGCUUGCAUUUUCACAUUUGCAUGUUCGUACUGGUUAGAUGGAGCCGGUACGGCAAACACAUAUAUUGCUUUAGCAGUGAUUGAUUUUGUCACCAUUGCUUGUAUUAUUCCAUUCUUGUAUUUUGGAAAGACAUUUAGAAAAAGGACAAAGAAUAUUUAUAUCGGCAUGGUUGAGUUGACCCAAGGAAUGGGUUGA